AUGGCUGCCCGUGUCCCAAUUCCACCUGGCCUGUCACAGACACAGAAACCUGCUACAAGGGUAUUCACAGAGCAAGAAGAGUGUGCCUUUAAAAAUGCUGCCGUCCUCGCCCAGCUUGCUUCCUGUAUUCGUCCAUGCUAUGGCCCAGCUUGCAAACAAAAGUUGCUCAUCACACAGCUGGGAGAGACCUUACUUAGCAGCAGUGCCCAUACAAUCCUAUCUGAGCUGCAGAUUGAGAACCCAGCUGGAAAUUUAGUGCGCCAGGCGUGCAAGACCCAGGCACAGUUAUGCGGUGAUGGCACCAAUGCAUUAGUGCUAUUGGCAGGAGCUUUGAUGUCUGAGGCAGAGAUUUUAAUAAGAGCUGGAAUAUCAGGGCCGGAAAUAUGCCAAGGCUACAGAUAUGCCUGUGCACAGGCCUGCAAAAAAUUAGAGGAUAUGAGUUUCAAACCAUGGGGCACUGAUGAGAAUGGUCCUCUACACCAAAUCACUGCAGCCAAAUGCACUGUGUCAAAUCUAUUAUCUGGUCCCCAAUCUCAGUGUUAUACUUUUCCUCUUGAUUCUUCAGAAAUGAAGACGUCUAGCAAGUCAGAGGCCAACUCUCCAUGCUGUCCAGUGACUUCAGCUAUUAGCAACUCCAUGCUGAAUGUAUCCCCCUUUUCCAUGAAGGACCCCAUUAACUUGUCUGAAGGCAAUUUGCUAUAUGGCGCAUUGGCAUACGCUUCUUCAAGUAUAAUGGCAUCUAUCCUGCCUGAAGGCACUUGUCUGCAACAACUGGUGGCAUGGGUAUGCUCUGCAAUUUGGGAUGGAGAGUCUGAGACUCUGCGUGUACUGGGAUUCACUGGAAGCACACUUGAAAAUUCCUUUGUACUAAGGGGAGCAGUGAUGCUCCUGGAGCCCCUAGGCACACAGAGAACCACAGGAAAAUCCAAGCUAGCUCUCUACACAUGCUCAUUUGGUGGACAGAAAACAGCAUUAUCCAGUACCACUGCUACUACUACACAGCAGGCACAUGAUCUCAUAGAGCUGGAUGCUGGUGGGGAAAAUGUGGAAGAAGCCAAGGUUGGGAUGCUGUCUCAGGAAGGGGCCACAGUAUUGGCAGUGGCAGGAGCUAUAAGUGAGCUGAUACUGCACUACUGCAACCGGGCAGGUAUCUUAGUGGUGCAGUUGGAGAGGCAAAGCCAAGCUAGGGAGCUGGAACUGUCCACAGGAGCAAUUGCACUCACCACUGACCAACGGGCCCCAAAUGGUGAGGAGAUGGGGCACUGCCAUAGAGUUUACCCUAGUGAUAUUGGAGGUAACCAAGUACUGGUGUUUGAGCCAGGCACAGGUGCAGGCAGAGGUUUAGUUACAGUGGUGUUAAGAGGGUCUACUCCAGAAAUAGUGAGAGCUGCGGAGGAGGCAGUAAAGCGGGCAGUGAAAUGCUAUAGGGCACUUAGAGAGGAGCCACGUAUGGUAGUAGGAGCAGGUGCAGUGGAGAUAGAACUUAGUAUAUACCUGGAGAAACUUGGCCAUCUUCACCCAGGCCAAGAACAUCAUGGGCUACUUGCUUUUUCAAAAGCGCUUGAGUCAUUGCCACUAGCUUUGGCCCAAAACUGGGGUUUGGAUGAAUUUAAUGUGUUAGCAGAGUUGAGGUCCAAGCAUUGGGUAGGAGAGAUAGAUACAGGGGUAUUGGAGGAUGGGGUAGGUCCAACCAGUGUGUUAGAUCCUCUCAUAGUGAAGAGGAGAGUAGUGGAGUUGGCUACUGAUGUGUCCUUGUCUUUGCUAGGCUGUGAGCAAGUGGUAGCAAAGAAACUAGAGGGCCACAGUUGA